AGUACAGUUGUGUGACCGCAUGAAAAAGAAAAGCCCCAAAUCGAGAGAAGAGAGCUCAAAUAAAACAAUAACAAAAUCAUUAGCCAAUUAAAUGGAAAUCGAAUUCACAAGAAGAUGAGCGAGAAUAGAACACAAGCUAAGAAUUGAAAACAAAAGCUUAUCGCUCUACAAAGAUUCAAUGUCAAGUUCAGAACCCACAAAAAAUCAUUUCGUUCUUUGGGCCGCUUCUUGUGUAGUUGAAAAAACAUUUUUUUUUUUUUUUAAACAGUGCUAAGCAAAAAUAAACGACCUUGCACGCAUCGCGAAGACGUAUAUCAUACUCGUCCAUGUGCCGCGCAUUCCUUGUAUUCUGUACUCCCCAAUAUUUGUUUGUAUCUUUCGGCUUUGCGUGAUUUCAUUGCUAAUGUUUGGACGCUUAUUCCAUUCAGUUAUUUAUAGUUGGGCAGUCGGUCGACGGGGUCACUUCAGUUUAGAUCGUUUUGGCCAGUGCUCUUGAGUUGAAUGAAUUCGUAUGCAAGGCGGCAUUGGGGCGCCAGCGUGUGCCUAUACUGAUAGAGAGUAGUGUGGAAUACUCCUGGAUGAAAGAGGAGUUUUGCCUCUACCCCUACCAUUUUGCUUCGGAUUUUCCCAACACAAUAUGGAUUGUUACACACGAAUGCACAACGGCAACAAAAAUGGCAGCCAGCGCAAUCACGGUUGUAUCGAUAAUAUGCUAUAUGCUUACGAUCGCAGUAUAUCUUUAUGUCAAAAAGCUGCGAAAUAUGAUCGGCAAGUGCCUUAUAUGCACUUUAUUUUGCAUAUGCAUGUCUGACCUUACCUUUGUCCUAGAUGAUUUCAAUUUAUUGAACGGCAUUUGCUCUCCAGCAGGUUACAGCUUAUACUUUUUCGACAUAGCUGGUGGUCUCUGGAACUCGGUCUUUAGCUAUCACAUGAUGAAGUGUCUUAAGUUCCUCCGUCUAAAGGAACCGCGCUAUCAGUUUAGUAUCUACAGCGCUUUUGUCUGGGGAACUGCAGCUAUUCCGACUGGAGUCAUAUUUUUAAUGAAUCUAGCUUGGGAAGAGGACCCCCAUAAAUUUGAUUUGACACCAUUAGUUGGUUUCAUUGAAUGCUCGGUGAACAAAGAAAAAAACAUUGCCUGGCUCUACUAUCAUGGACCAUUACUAAUCUUGAGUAUAUUUAAUAUGAUCAUGUUUGUUCGCAUAGCCACACAUAUUUUGACAGUGAAGAAAGAGCUAAAGAAGUUAACCGAUCGAGAGGACGAAACGACGACAUGUAUGAAUUUCGACAGUCAGACCUAUUUGACGUUUCUGCGUAUCUUUAUUAUGACGGGCGUUACAUUGAAUCUGAAUACAAUUUCGUUUUUGGUAAGGCACAAUGAAAUUGGGCAGAAGGUCCUUACGAUAUCCGACUACUUCCAUUUCGCUUUUGGCGCUGUAAUUUUUUUGCUGGUUGUUCUAAAGCGCAGUACGCUUUUGAUGAUCAUGGAUAGGUAAGACGUAAGGGAUUGUCACAGAUUUUCGAGUAACCUAUUUUAUGUACUUUUAGAUUUCGAGAAAAACGUAAAGAACGAUGCUUAAAGGCCUAAAUUCUAAGGAGCUAUAAUACCAGAAAUAAGCAGGACAACAUGCCUG